AUGGGCGUGCGGGUUUUUCAUCACCAGGGUAUGGAGAUGAUCAAAGUGUCCAUUGAGUGGUAUUGGUUCAGGCAUGAAUAUUGGUUCCAUCAUGCUUUUCUCGACCACAUGGAGGCUGGUGUCGGGGUCCGUUUUGACAUUGUUUUUGGGGUCCGUGGUGAACCUUCGUGCGAAAGAGAGGUCCGUUUUGACUUUGAUCCUAAACUUUUAUUUUACCAUCAUUUGUGGAGAGACGCACGAGAUAUAUUGAAAGGAGGGCAACGUAGUGUUGACACAGUCUGGUUUCUCAGACAUGUCGGUAAAAAAUACAAAAGGUACAAGGAGCGAUCGACGCGUGAAUUGCAGGCAUGGGCGGUUAAGUACAAGACAAAGCAGGACAUGUGUGAGGCUAAAAAGGCAUACGAGGAUAUCAAAUAUAGAGACGACGAGGAUUUGGUGCAGAUUGCUGAGAUGGUCCGUGAUAUGGCGCUGACAAAUGGGGGAUUCCAGGUCAAGCUUUGCCAGAUGCUGGCGAUGAAGAAGGCUCUUCUCCCGGAGAAGAUCCGCGCUCCGUUGAAGGAGUGCUUAGACAAAGCCUGGAGUGUCCCUCUGAGUGUGAUACUCCCCAACAUUGAGCAUGCUAAAUAUGGCUUUGGUUGCAAUCACCACGAAAUAUUCGAGACUAUUGAGUCUGAAGCAAUGGCAGCAGCGAGCAUCGCACAAGUUCAUCGCGCCGUCUUACGAUGCCCCACCUAUCAAGAAGUUUUAGUCAAGGUACAGCACCCUGGCGUACGCGAUUCUCUGAAGGCUGAUGUAGCUAUCCUUCCAUACAUGAUCCAAUUCAUGGACAAAAUUAAUCCAAACCACGGCUUGCGGCCCUUCUUAUACAUGCUUUCCGCCAUGCUCGAGCAGGAGGUAGACUUUCGCAUUGAAGGUGCGAACCGAGAGCGGCUUGCGGCAAUUAUGGAGCGGAGCAAGUUUUCCAAAAGGAGCAAACACUGCACGCUUCGCUUCCCUCGCGUGAUGUGGAAGUACUGCGCCAGGUCCGCGAUGAUCCAGGAAUUUAUGGAAAACGCCGUCAGCUUGGGCGACCGUAGGGUUGUGGAACGUGCGGGCAUUCCGUACACCCUUGCCUUGGAUGAACUUGUAUCAUUUUUCGCUGAGUGUUGCUUUGUGCAUGGCUACAUGCACAACGAUCUCCAUGUUGGUAAUGCCCUGGUUCGCCUGGUGCCCGACGACGCGCGGUCUUCGACCAGAGUGCAGGCACUGGCACGGAAAUGCAGUGUCGUAGUUCUGUGUCCAAUUGCCAACACCACACUUCUCCUCUUCAACAGAUUGUUGCGUAUCAUUGCCAGUGCGGUCGUCUCGAUACUUUUCGUUUCUAUCAACAUCUUAUUUUUUUUCUUUGGUGGACAUCUGCGCGUUUUUGCGGGAAAUCUGACAUGUCGUGAGAUUUGUAAGUUUCUUGGAAAGAGAAAUUCUCGAAUAAUUGAGUUUUACGUUGCACUCCACCAGCGAGCCAAAUUGAAAGGCGAUAUGUAUAUUGCUGGAAUCGCGAACAUACACUUCGAGCUCAUAAUCAUUGACCAUGGCUUCCACACGCAUGUUUCAUAUGAACAUCGCUUGGCAUGGUGUAAGCUUUGGGCAGGAAUUGGUCUUUGUGACGAAGAGCUUCUGAAAGAGGGGAGUACUGACUUUGGCAUAGAUGAUCAAGACUACCGGAAAAUGACUAUGAUUUUAAUAUUAUUCCCAUACCCCGUCUGGCGUGACAGGCGUUUCUGCAGCGUAUCAGAGUUCCUUGACCACCUCGAUAGUAGCAAUAAGCAUGAGUACGGAUAUGCGGCAUCGCAGUCGGUAAAGAACCAGAGACUCCCCAAACAGUUCCAUCUCAUGCAUCGCACAUCGCAGCAGAUUUUUGCCUACUUUCAUGCCGAAUACGGAGUUGGCUACGAGGCAGCGUAUCACUUUCUUGAGCACAUGACCAAGUUUUCGCUUCUUGGUCUGCGCUUCCGAAACCGAGCAGGAUCGACAUUCCCUGUCCCAGGCAAGCUUCACACCGCAACUGGACAAUGGUUUGAUAUUGAAAGCGCUGCAGUUGAAGAUUAUAUGCGAACCCACUUUUUUUGGGAUCGGCCCUCGAGCAGUAGGUUAGAGACUUUAAAUAGUCGCAAGAAGAUUCUUGGAUUGCGCGUGCGUGGCGCACUUCCAGUACCCUAUUCGGGUUUGGUCUUCAAACGGAUAGUUCAAGGAUACCGAUUUAUAUCAGACUAA